UGCUCCCGAGUCGAGUGCCAUGCUAUUUGGCUGCGCUGCCGAAGGGAUCCUCGGCGGAUGGUUGCUCGAGACGUUGUCUGAGACUUGGUCAGUAGUUUCCUUUGGUGGGCGGUGACUGGCGUGGCCCUCGGGCGGCGACCGAGAUGGGCAAAGCGGCCGUCGGUUUCCAGACGGCGUGGUGGGGGGUGGUGGGCGUGAUACAGAGUCUCGUGGGCGCGCUCAUCGUCCUGGCCCUGACGCCCGUGGUGGCUCCCAUGCUGCUGCUCCUGUGGCUGUGGCGGAACGUGGCGCUGGUGGCGAUGUGGGUGCAGUACGGGCGUGUGGCGCGGGUGGCGUCGGGCAUGGAGGCGCUCUUCGCCCUGGACUCGUCGGGCGCGCGGGCGGUGAUCAGCGGCGCGGCGGUGCUUCGCGGGCGGGUCAGCGUGGACGCCGUCAGGAAGGUCCUGGCCGAGAGGAUCAUGGACGCCCGUGACGCGCGAGGCCGCCUCCUGCACCCCAAGUUCCGGCAGCUGGUGGAGCGGCGCUGCGGCGUCGUGGUGUGGGUGUGGGAGGAGAACUUCGCCGUGGAGAGCCACGUGCACCAGCUGCGCUCGGGCCUCCAGCCGUGCCUCCUGCAGGACGAGGAGGACCUAGUGGACGUGAUGGGCAAGAGGGCGAACCGGCCGUUCGUGCGCGGGCAGGCCAAGUGGGAGAUCCUGGUGGCGCCCCUGAGGACGUUCGGCGCGGAGCGGGGCGGGGGCGCCGAGUGGAGCCACACGGCCGUCAUAGUGAGGCUCCACCACGCCCUCGGCGACGGCCGCUCCAUGGUGGGGCUCAUCGUGACGGCGCUUGUGGACCCGCCCCUCGGGGACCCCCGCCCGUCGCCCGCCAUCCAGAGGCCCUUCGGCGGCCGCCUCGCGCGCUCCGCCCGCCUCCUGUGGUCGCUCACGCACCUUCCGUGGGUGCUGGUGCGGGUGCUGGUGCGCGGCGACUCCUCGGUGCUCCACGGGGUGCGGCUGCAGGGCCAGAAGUUCCUGGCCUGGUCGCCGCCCGUGCCCCUCGACGCCCUGAAGCGGGCGCGCGCCCUGGCCGGCGUCUCCGUCAACGACAUCCUGCUGACGGGCCUCGCGGCGGCGCUGCACAAGCAUUUUCGCAUGGAGGGUGACUGCGUGCCGCCUCAAGUCAUGACAGUCAUCCCCGUUGACGUGACAGCCCCUGGCACACCGCUCUCCCUUGCCAACCGUAUUUCCCUGUGCACUGUUCCCCUUCCAACGGGCGAGAUGACUUCCCUGGAGCGGCUUCAGCAGAUACAUCAGCGCAUCAACAUCCUUAAGACGUCACCUGAUGUUAUGGCUAAUUACUUCGCCCUUGACCUCAUUUCCAACCUCCUCCCAGCUGCCCUUGCCCGCCGUGCCCUCAACACCCACGGGGUCACGAUGGUCUCCUCCAACAUGCCAGGUCCCAAAGACGCUAUCAGACUCUUUGGUCAACACGUGGACGAUUUAAUGUUUUGGAUUCCUAAUAAGAGUAGAACAGGCCUGGGUGUGUCCAUGCUCAGCUACUGCGGCCGAGUGCGCUGCGGCCUCAACGUGGACUCGGCGCUCAUCCACAACGCCGAGUUCGCUCAGGAGCUGAUGGACAACAUGGCAGCCGAGGUGGAGCACGUCCUCGCGGAACUGGCGUCUCCUGCGGGUGGCGCGGGAGAUCACUGCCCUGUUCUGGUGGAGGAGAGCGACCAGAGCGUCAUCACUGACCACGGCCUCAACUACAGCACCGACGAGUACUCAGACCGCUCCGGUGUGAGGACUUACUCCGACCUCCGUGACAGUUCGGACACGAGGCAGUUCCUCGACCUGGAGGAGGCGGCGGUCGACCUCGAGGCGGCGAGUACCGAGAGCAACCACCUGCUCGAGGACUUCCAGAACGAGAGGCUUGAGAUCCAGACGAUUGUGAGGAGCGAGUCGAACCUGAGUCGACUGACCGGAGAGAAGAGCGCGAGGUUUGCCCUCAGCGACACGAACCUGAAAGGAGUCGCGUACUCGCAGGAAAGGUGAAUUUCGUGUGCUUUAGAGGAACUGUGAAAGAUGCCGAGGUAUGCGCCUGCACAUUAUCUUAGUGUUAGAGUUCCUUUGGCUGAAUACCCGUGGCCGUUCCCAUGGGCGUGAAGAACAUGUUAUGGUGUGCUGUCACUGCCCGAGAAAGGUGGUCAAAGAAAAGAUUGAAGCAAAGUCUCCAUCCCACAUCUUUUCUUUGAUCGCAGUUCCCUCAAACGAAGCGAAAUGUCUUGUUAAUUCCUGAAUGCUUUCCGCUUUACCAAACCUCUUGGAACAAAAUAUUGCGUUGACAGAUGUUCGUAAACCCUUGGAAGUGAUGUGCACUUUUUUCUUUCAAAGAUGGCGGAAAAUCUGUGAGCUCAGUCAUUUGAUCAAGGGAACUUCCCACAGCUAGAAGCAACUAGAGGUUCUGUUUAUAACAAUAACUAUAACGGACCUAAAAUAUUUAACCCAGCGAUAUUUAUAUAUGUCAUCGCCGCGUAAACUGAAAAUGGCAGAAGUGUGAUAGCCAUACGGAAAAAAUGGUAAUAAUAAUGCUUCACUGUUAUAAUUCUUAUCCACUCAACGAGAAAUGUUUGCAACAACUUUUGAAACACUGAAAAUAAAUAUCGUUGUUACACUU